AUGUUAAAAGCCCACAAUGACUCACUUGUGUACUGCCCGUUUGAUGACACUGAGCUGGAAGUAGAUUCAAAUUUUCUAUUCCCAUCAGGUGAACUAUACUUUUGUCAUUCUUGCAAACAACAUAGAGCACCUUAUCAAACGUACUUCAAAAUAGAAUCCAGAUUUUGUUCCAGUUGCCUGACUGAGUUUGCAAAAGAGUCAAAACAGUAUACAUGUUCAAGAAAUUGUUUCGUUUGCCCCGAAUGUGAUUCAGGUUUGAAGAUUACGGUAAAGGAUCACGACAGAGGAGCAAAGUCGUUUAAAUUCAGGUGCACCAGCUGCCCGUACAUCUUUCAAACAUCCAUUAUUCGUCUGCCAAAGCCGUUGUACGAUAUCAUUGAGAAUGACAAGAAUGAUUCGUUUUCAAAAUUGUGCAAUGAGAUAAGAAAUGGAGUGUUGAAGGGACAAAUUGAGGAAAAAAUUAGCGAACAGACAAGAAGAAACUUGGAGCUAAUGAACAAAGGAGCAAGACAGAAGAAAGACGUAAUCUUUAUGAAGAAGUACCCAUUCCCAAAGCGAUUAACAAUGAAGAAAUCCAUCUACUGCGUCAAGUGCAGCUCCAAAUUGUCUACUGAGUAG